CGCACAGAUUUCAAACAUACUUGGCUAGGUAGCAUGCUCCCUUCCUACUGCUGCCUUUCCAGAUGCAACGGAGCUCGGGGAUCUCUCGCUGUCUGAUCAUAAAGGAAGAUUGUAUUUUUUUUUUUUGUUUUUCUCUUUUUUUUCUUUUAUAAGUUUCAGCUUUAAUAUUACCAGAUUCAAUUAUUUUUUUUUUUCUUUAAGGAAACUCCAUCUGCUGGAUUUAAAAUCAAGUGACGAAUGAAGAUCUUCAUUGAAUGAGACCCUAGUAAGAAAUGGCUCACCUUCUCCCAGCAGCCGCAUUUCUCAGAGCAGAAGGAACAGAACUGCAGACCCCUGUGGCAUGAACAAAGCCUCUGGCACCGAAAAUCCAAGAGGAUGUCCCUAACCGACGAGCUGGAGAGCCACUUCUCUGCAACCCCCUACAUGGUGACAGACACAAGCGAGGGCAGCCUGUUGAGAAUCAGACUCAAUGCCUCUGCCAAUGCCACUGAGGUUGGCAUGCCAGCUGCCAGUUCCAUGGAGGACAUGAUCGCCAUCUGCACCAUCGGGACAAUCCUCUCCCUCAUGUGUGUGAUAGGGGUGACAGGCAACGUCUACACCUUGCUAGUGAUGUGCCAUUACUUGAGAUCAUCUGCUUCCAUGUAUAUUUACAUCAUCAACCUUGCGCUGGCCGACCUGCUCUACCUUCUCACCAUCCCUUUCAUUGUUGGGACCUACUUCAUUCAGAAAUGGUACUUUGGGGACAUUGGCUGUCGCAUCCUGUUCAGUCUGGACUUUCUCACAAUGCAUGCCAGCAUCUUCACCCUCACAGUCAUGAGCACAGAGCGCUACUUUGCUGUGUUGAAGCCCCUGGACACUGUGAAGAGGUCCAAGAGUUACCGAAAGGCAAUUGCUGUUGUUAUCUGGCUGGUGUCACUACUACUCACUCUCCCAAUGCUCAUCAUGAUCCAGCUGGUGCAAAGGGACAACAAAAGCAUCUGCCUGCCCACUUGGAGCAAGCUCUCUUACAAAGUCUAUCUCACCAUCCUUUUUGGCACCAGCAUUGUGGGCCCAGGGGUAAUCAUUGGUUACCUUUACAUUCGAUUAGCUAAGAUUUACUGGGUGUCACAAACAGCAUCCUUCAAGCAGACCAAGCGGCUGCCAAAUCAAAAAGUGCUCUAUUUAAUCUUCACAAUAGUGCUGGUGUUCUGGGCUUGCUUCUUGCCUUUCUGGGUAUGGCAGCUCCUCUUCCAGUAUUAUGAAUCCUUCUCUUUAUCUCCCAAGGUGAUGAAGAACAUUAAUUAUCUGACAACUUGCCUGACCUACAGCAACAGCUGUAUCAACCCCUUCCUCUACACCCUGCUCACCAAAAACUACCGGGAAUACCUGAAGAACAGACAGCGGUCCCUUAGCAGCAGCAGUGGGUACUUCCAAAGGAGGAAUCGGUUUCAGAGAAUUUCAGGGAGAUCCCUAUCCACAAGCAGUCAGCACUGCACAGAGACAUACGUUCUUGCUCACGCUCCUUUGGGCAACAGCAGUGCCUGAAUAUAAAAUAUAUCUCCAAGAACAAUCAAUAUUGACCUCACUGUUGCUUUGAUUUAAAGAGUACAUUGUAAAGGCAAAGCCUUAGCAGAUCUAUAAUGUGCACACGUUUAGUUCAGAGGCUAACAGUGUCGUAUGCCUGUUCUCAUUUUCUUCAGUGCAACUGAUUUGAUGCUAGAAACAUUCAGCCAAACAUCUAUCUAAAUAGCCUUUCACUUUUUAUGUUUAUAUUUUACAGUGUACGUCUCCUCAAGUAGCCAUCAAUAAUAAAAGUCUAUUAUAGGGCCAUGUUUUUAAUAGCAUCAUCUGUCUCAUGAGUUUAAAAUUAUGUUAUCCAUGAAUGGCUGUAGUUUGUACUUUC